AGUGCAGUGAUCGUAAUCUUCUCAGGAGAAUAGCACACUGCACGGCAAGAGUACAAGGAGGCUACUUGUAUUGAACCUGGUACGCAGCUGAUAUUUUUGUUUUGUUUUUUUAAAGGAAAAACCAUGGUAACCAUGGAUGAGCUUUGCGAGAUGGAUGGUAACGUUUUGAAAAGGUUGGUGAGGGAUGACAGCGGUAAAUGCUUGGUGCUGGACUGCAGAUCGUUUCUGGCUCACAGCGCGGGUCACAUAAAAGGGUCGGUGAAUAUUCGCUGCAACACUAUUGUGAGGAGAAGGGCUAAGGGCUCCGUAAGCAUGGAGCAGAUCCUUUCGGGGGACGAGGAGGUCCGGUCCAGGCUAAAAUCAGGACUUUACUCCGCCGUUAUUCUGUAUGAUGAAAGGACUUCGCAUAUUGACUCCAUAAAAGAAGACAGCACAAUUACACUAGUGCUCAACGCACUGUAUAGGGAUUCCUAUGGGACUGAAAUCUAUCUCCUGAAAGGUGGCUAUGACAAGUUUUCAUCCGAUUAUCCAGAAUUAUGCUUGAAAACGAAAAUACCAUCCGGAAUCUCUUCUCUGUCAAGCACAGAUGUAACAGAAACCGGUUGUACUUCCUGGACCCCGCAUCAUGACCAGGGUGGUCCGGUAGAAAUCUUGCCCUUCCUCUAUUUGGGCAGUGCCUAUCAUGCUUCCAGAAAAGACAUGCUGGAUUCCUUGGGGAUAACUGCCUUAUUAAACGUGUCUUCGAACUGUCCAAAUCACUUUGAAGGGUAUUACCAGUAUAAGUGCAUACCAGUGGAGGACAACCACAAGGCCGACAUUAGCUCCUGGUUUAUAGAGGCAAUUGAAUAUAUAGAUUCGAUAAAAAGCUUUAAUGGGAGGGUGCUAGUCCACUGCCAGGCUGGCAUCUCGCGUUCUGCCACCAUCUGCCUCGCGUACCUGAUGAAGAAGAAGCUGCUGAAGCUGGAGGAGGCCUUCGAGUUUGUCAAGCAGCGGAGGAGCAUCAUCUCCCCCAACUUCAGCUUCAUGGGGCAGCUCCUGCAGUUUGAGUCUCAGGUCCUGGCCACAUCUUGUGCAGUGGAGGCUGCAAGCCCAUCUGCAGCGUGCAGCAAGUCCACUCCCACCUCGCAGUUCGUUUUCAGCUUCCCUGUCUCCGUGGCGGUCCACACGCAGCCCAGCAGCCUCACUUACCUACAGAGUCCCAUCACCACAUCCCCCAGCUGCUGAGGGGCUCGGAUCGAAGAACGGGACACGCAAAUAAUAAACUAAGCCUCCAAAGAUUUUGAACGCUGGGCCUUAGGACUGCAGCACGUUCAAAGUGUGAGACUUACUUACAGACUGUGAUGGAGUUUUUAAACACAAGUCUUCAGUGAAGAGUCCUUCUGCAAGAAGGCAGGCACAUGUUUGAAAGGGUAUCCUUGUCAGCCUGAGAACAUGCAGAACCAGAGUAAGGCCAUUAUCAAUAGGGAUAUAAAGUAUGUAUAUGUGUGUAUGUAUAUCAAUCUGUAAAUCAGUAUAGAUAGAUAACACAUUGCAUGGCCCAUUCUGCGGUUACAAAUCCCACUACAAAUUGACGUUUUUUUCUCUAUUUAACUAUGAAUAUGAGACAUGAGGGUUUAUUUUUUUUAUAUAAAGAAUUUCAUAUUCUAUAUAUAAUUUGUAGUUAUACAUAUUUUGUUGAACCCUUGUUUUCUCUAAUGGAGGCAAGAUGCAACCUCUCUAACACUAUCAAAAGCAACCAUCACAUGAUCUCUUAUUAACGUGUCACCAUGGCUCCAGACACAUGCUUGCAUUCUUCCUACUAUCGACAGUGCUGUAAUCCUACCAAAGAGCUACAGAUUCACAUUUGUAGUUGCGUAUAUUUACUGAUGAGUUUAUGUCUGUGUGUCUCCUGAAGCCACUGUGAUGAUACAAUGUAUAUAUAUAUAUAUAUAUAUAUAUAUAUAUAUAUAUAUAUAUAUAUAUA